AUGUACAAAAUUCUUGCGAAGGUCCUUUCCAAUCGUAUGCGUUCUGCUAUUGAGUCGGUUAUCUCUGUUAAUCAGUCUGCAUUUGUCAAGGGUCGUCAAAUUUUAGAUGGUAUUCUGGUGGCAAAUGAGGUUGUGGAUGAUGCCAGGAAAUGUAAAAGGGAACUUCUUCUUUUCAAAGUGGAUUUCGAAAAAGCUUAUGAUUUCAUAGACUGGACUUACUUAGAUGAGGUAAUGCAAAAGAUGGGGUUCUCAGUUUUAUGGCGGAAAUGGAUAAAAGAAUGUAUAGGCACGACAACAGCAUCGGUUUUGGUCAAUGGGUCCCCAACAGACGAGUUCCCUUUGAAGAGGGGUUUGAGGCAAGGAGACCCGCUUUCCCCUUUCCUCUUUCUCUUGGCUGCCGAAGGUUUCAAUAUUUUGAUGAAGUCAAUGUCGGCUAAUCAGUUCUUCCAUGGGUACAAGGUGGGUUCCGAUGCUACUACGGUUGUCUCACACUUACAAUUUGCGGAUGAUACUUUAAUAAUAGCUGAAAAAUCUUGGGCCAAUGUUCGGGCGAUGCGUGCGGUCCUUAUGUUGUUUGAAGAGAUAUCUGGUUUGAAGGAGGUUGGUGGUUUGGGGGUAAGGAGAAUUAGGGAGUUUAAUAGUGCUUUACUAGGAAAGUGGUCUUGGAUGGUGUUAGUUGAGAAGGAGAGUUUGUGGUAUAGAGUGUUGGUGGCGAGGUACGGUGAGGAGGGAGGAAGGUUGUUAGACGGUGGGAGGACAGCCUCGGCCUGGUGGCGUGCCAUAGCUACUUUGCAUAGUGAGGCGUGGUUUGGUACUAAUGUAAAAAGAUCAGUGGGGAAUGGGGAAAACAUUUAUUUUUGGUCGGAUGUGUGGGUGGGUGGGGUAUCCUUUAAGGAAAGAUUUAGUAGACUGUUUGAGUUGUCGGUGGAUAAAUGGGUGUCGGUGUUUGACUUGUUUCAUUUAGGGUGGGGUGAGAAUGGAGAAGCGUGGAAGUGGAGGCGGAGGUUGUUUGCAUGGGAAGAGGAGCAGUUGGGGGAAAAAUGUUUAUUGCUUCAAAAUGUGAUUUUGCAGGUUGACAAAGAGGACAAUUGGAUAUGGAAAUUGGAGAAGUUUAAUGCUUACACUGUUCGUAGUGCUUACACCUGUCAGUCUGCUCAGCUUUCUGUUGUCAAUCCAGUGGAGCUGAAAUUGCUAUGGAAAAAGACUGUUCCUCUGAAGGUAGUGGUUUUUGCUUGGCGUCUGCUCUGA